UGUUGCAAAGAAUGGAUUAUUUUCAAAACUAUGUUGUUUUCAAAGAGCGUACGAUGGGUGCGCGUGUGUGACCAGACGGACAGGAUUCGUAAAAGUGUGCGCGCAAAAACAAAUGUUUACGCUCGCUUAGUUAUCGGCAAGAUAUUUCACGAAUUAUCGAUCAGCCGUGGCAGUUGUGUAUAAAAAAAACCCAAGCCAUUCCCCAUCGCUGACACCAAGCCAGCUCACACGUAACUGAAAGCCCUUUGAGCAAGAGGCAAGCGACUUCCUUGUUCAGCCCACUUGCGUUCCGCCUGUGCUUCGCUCCCUUUCACUCUUAGCUGUUGCACUCCUCUAGGCUCCUCUAGGCUUUGCGAGAAAGGGAGAGAGAAAGAAAACCAUGGCGUUUUACGCACCAGUCCAGAGUGAUAUCGUCAACCCGGCCAUCCCAUACGUGGGCAUGAUUUUCGGGGGCCUCUCCGAUGGCAAGAUGGUCAUGAUCAAGGGCAUGACGCCCCAUCACUCCGGAAGGUUCCAGAUCGACUUCCAGUGCGGGUCGGCCGUGACCCCGCGGGCCGACGUGGCCUUACACUUCAACCCGCGCUGGGACGAAGGGUCACAUCAGGUGGUGUGCAACACGCUCCAGCGGCAGGCGUGGGGCAAGGAGCAGAGGGCCCACAACACCAUCAUUCGCGGCCAAGCCUUUGAGAUCAUCUUCAUGGUCUCCAACCACAACUUCAAGGUGGCAGUGAACGGGUCCCACUUCAUGGAGUACCCGCACCGCAUCCACUUUGCCAGCGUGGACACCCUGAGCAUCGCGGGCACCGUCAACGUCUACUCCAUCUCCUUCACCCAAAACCAGAUGAUCCCUCAACCUUUUCCACCAACGUAUCCACCGACACAGAUGAUGCCCCCUCAAUUCAUGCCAGCGCAGCCUCCACCAUACCCAGGUGGACUGAUGACCUUGGCCGUGAACCCAGCAGUGCCGUACAGCUGUGACAUCCCUGGAGGAUUAUACACCGGACGCAUCAUCAUCAUGAAUGGAGUGGUCAGCCCCAAAGCUCACCGGUUCACCGUCAACCUCCAAAUCACGGGUGGCCACGUCCUCCUGCACCUCAACCCUCGCUUCGACGAGCACGUCUUCGUGAGGAACUCCCAUCUAAAUAAGUCGUGGGGUCCCGAGGAACGCCAGGUGCCCUUCUUCCCCUUCAAUAGAGGACAGGGCUUCCAGAUGAAUAUCCAGUGCGACCCGACCGAUUACAAGGUGUCCAUCAACGGGCAGCACCUCUUCUCCUACAAUCAUCGCAUGUCGCCCGUGGGGAGGGCCGUGAAGCUGGAGGUAUCUGGGGACGUGACCCUCACCAAUGUCCAGCUGCAGUAAGCGCAGCACGAUCGCUCGCCGCACGGCGGAGGGAAGCCCUCCGCGAGGAAUCGUUUGGCCGUGUCGCCAAACCCCGGCCCACCCCUCCCCUGAUGUUGAUUUUUAGUCGUUGAAAAUGUGUGCCAGUCAGCUGAUUGCUCGUGAAGCAAAGGUAGUAAGUAGUACAAUGAUGAGCAACACUCCAAAAGACGGAUUUUUGUGCUCCAACUGUCGAGUAGACACGUUUGCUUGAGAGGGCGUGAUAUAAUCUGUAGAGCAUGCUUUUUUUAAAUACAGUGAUUGUGAUGAUUUUCUAUGGAUGACUGAAUUAAACAAUACUUUUAAAA